UGGGACAAACGUCGGCUCGCAGAAACUCUCUGAGCAUUUACUAAACUUCAACGGAGGCGACAAGAUGACUAGCGAAAAUGGCGUGGUCCUUCUCCUGCACCACGGUGACGCUGAGAAUUUAUGUCAACCCUGCAUGAAGCGCCAUCAGCCUGAGACUUACGGGUCUCCGAGUAACAGGGAUAACGCAUGUGUCGGUGAAAAAUGUAGGAAACCAGUCGCUGGUCUGAGGGACAGAGUUUCAGGUCCCAGAAGAUCUUCUGGGUUGCGUCCAGAAUCAUGCGAUAUCCACUUCCGGAGCAGAGAUGGAAACCGGAGAGAAUGGUACAGCAAAGAGGAAUGCUGUGACAGCUAAACGAUGUGCUACUUUUGAUACCAAUCGCUGUAACAGAGAAGACUGAUAAUUAACUACAUUGUCAUGCCACACUUUUUCUGGUACAUAAGGAAUCACUACACUAUUUUCUUUAUUGUUGUUGCAAUGCGUCUCUGCAAUGCAACUGUUUUUAUAAAUAACAAUAAGGAAUUACGUGCUUACUUUAUCAACUGUUGUUAUAAAAAAUAUAGACAGAUUAAACUAGGGAUCGUAAGAAUGUGAAGAAACGUACUUAACAAUUGUAUUUAGAAGCAUGUGUAUAUAAAAAAGAGACGUUUGUUUUUGAAAUAUAAAUUGAACUUUAUAUAAUAUAAUAUCAUAAAAUAUCAUAAAUAUCAACUUUCAUCAUUUGUAUAGAUAACUUUUUAAAACACUAUUAUUAUUAUUUAUUACAAUUAAAAUCUGGUCCUGCAUAACAAUAUGUAAUAUAGGUAUAUAGUCUUAAAAAAAAUUUCAUAAAUUUAACGUCCAAUUAUAAGCAUAUGAUUUUCAUUUUAUUUCACAGAUAGACUUAAAUUUGCACUUUAUACUCAUCAUUUACUUUUAGUGUGCUUUGUUUGAUAUUGGUGUUAAAUUAAACAGCAUGAAACCCGUCACACAUCAGUUACAAGAAAAUUUAUAUCCAACUUUCACCAUUACCAAACAAGAAUGAAAAUUAGCUUUUACA